CAGAAAUCAGGAUAAGCUCCGGCCUGAUGGGCCACUUGGCUUCUUUACAGGCUUAACCUUUUACCCUCCUUGGGCUAAUGGGCCAGAAAUUCUUCCUUGCCAUGACACUCGGUCAGAGAUUCCAACCCAUUUUGAAGGAAAAUAGGGAGACUCUUUUAGCACCGAAGGCGCCAGCCUCUAGGGGGGUCCGGGACCAUGCUCACCAGGAAAUUUUGCAAAUUUAGGUUUUCUUAAAUGCCUUUUCCUGCAUUUUGGAGCUGCUAAAUGGAGUAAGACUGCUGGCCUGAUGAGUCUGCACAAUACACGGUGAGAGACUAGGUGAGAUGAUAUGAGAAGAAAGUGUAAUACAUCGCAAAAAAAUACUUAAGAUUAGCAUUUUUUCCCUUGUUUUCACAAUGUAUUACAAAUCGGGAGAAUUUGAUAAGAAUCGGGAGAGCGGAAGGCAACACGUCAGAUCAGGAGUCUCCCGAUCAAAUCGGGAGGGUUGGAAUCUGCUUGGUGCUGUCUCGCUCAAUGAAGUAAAACCCCUGGAGACUGUCCUUCCUUUCUCUGUUGUUUUGUACCAAGCCUCUCUCAGUCUCCCACAAUUUGUUUUUACCUUCGGAAAGGGGUUAUCGGUCUCUUUUUUGAGUGACAAGAUUAAAUAGUGUUGCCAUGGUAACCUUUUUUCUGUCAUGAAAAAGACCAUGUAACUUGUUCACCAAAGAUUGGGCAUUUGUUUGAUGCCAUUUUGUAACAACAAGAGAUGAGAGGUAACAUUGAUCAAUCAAUGAAGAAUGGCUGAAAAAUGCUGGAAACCGUUAUGAGCCACCUUAAAUAAAUUAUUUUUACAAGAUCAUCAUUUCCUUUGGGGGAGGCUGUACUUUUGCAUGUCGACAUCGGGCCUGGGCUCCUAUCUUUAUACAUAUUUUUUAGUCUGCCAAGGCCAGAUAAGGGUCAGAUAAAUCCAAAAACGCAAUUCGUGGCAAUCUCAGCGUGAAACAAAGGAAACUCCACACUUUUGCACGCAGAGGCGAAAGAAGAAAGCAUUAGCAAUGUAAUCACGGGUUUUUCACGCAGUAUCGAACACGCGCCAAAUAAUCACCGUUGAAGACUGGACCGGAAAAAAAACUAUCACGUGAUCACGUGAUUAGCUGAGCCCUCUGGGCGCUCAGUUUCAAAUCGAUCGUCCAUUUGUGAGCGGUUCGAACUUUGACUUUGCUAAACGAUAUUUUCACAAAAGACUGCAUAUUCAUCGAUAAAGCCAUCCUUAUGAGAUAAAGUUUUACGCCAGAAUGGAUCCUUUCACGCAGAAAUUGUUAGCAAGAACCCAAGCAAGGAAAAACCAACUUGUCAAAAAACGCGAGGAACUGGAAGCAUGCAGAGCCAAGAGAAAUUCACCCAUCAAGGACCGAUCACGACAUCCGCUAUCAGAAGACAACACUGACAGCGGCUCAGAAAUUGACACAGAUGACGUCAAGCGACGCAGAAUUGGCAGUGAAGAUGGUGGGGAAAAUGCCAUUUUAAAGAAUUCCAAGAAAACUGAUGUCGACAGCCCAUCUGUUCAGGCUCGAAAAGAGCAGCUUAUUAAAAUGCAACAGAAAGAUCAAGAAAAUGGUGUGACACCAAAGAAACAUUGGAAAGCUUUAACACAGGGAUCUGGAGUUACGAAUUCCAGUACAAGCAGCCCAAGUGUCGCAUCAAGAUCUGCUGCCUUUGAAAAUAACACAGGAGAUGAGCAAAAGGAGAAUACCAAAGAUAAAAAACCUUGUGAGGUUAAGACGCCACAUACUCCUGGGAAACUGGCAGAAGCAAGGAGUGUGUUUGAGAAUGGGGCAUCAGAAAAAGACAUUGGCAACAAAAAAGAGAAACUGUUCCCACCACCUAAGCCCCCAAGGGUGGCUGCCAUGGAAACUAACUCUGAAGAGAUUCAACCUGGGGAGCAGCAGCAGCAGCCAGCUAAGAGGAAAGCUCCCUCUCCCCCAAGGGAGGCAAAAGAAAGCAGCGAUACCAAAGUUGUGGAUCAUAGUGCAACAUCAGUAAUUAAGAGAAAAGCUCCAGAGCCACCCAUCUCUAAUCAGGAAGAGAGCAAGAUUCAACCUGGGAAGAGCGGUAAUGCUGUCAAGAUCAGCGCAACAAAAUGUGAUCCAGAGGACACCAAAGAAAAAAGCAAUCCAUCACAAAGUCCGUCUACUGAUGAAGAUGGCGAUAGAGGCUGCACCCCUGUUCCAGCAAAGAGGGAAAGGAAAGGCAGUGUUGAGAGUUUAGAGGGCAUUGACAAAACUGAAGGUGAUCAACCUACACCAAAACCUAGAAGAAAAGUGCAAAACUCUUGCGAAGCAAAUAAGAAUACACAGGAGGAACAUGGCAGUGAAGAAAGAAAACAAAAAGAGGAGAAAGCAAAAGGAUCUGUGAAAAAGGCAGAGAAAAUGGGGCUGGAUAACACGGUGACAAUUGUAGCAACUCCUGUUGAUACGAGAAGAUCAACAACAGAUAAAUCAAAGCCAAGGCCACAAGAGCAGCCAUGUAUUAUCCAGGCUUGUUUAGUUGAAGACAAACUACCAGCGACUGCUUCAAAGAAAGGAAGCAAAGAAAAUACUGUGACAGUCACAGCGAUUUCUUGUGGUGGCUCAGAAGUAAAAGGUAAAGCCAUCAGAGGAGAGAAAGUGAACAGUGUGGACAAAACUGAAAAACAUCAAAAGAAAGACCAUGUAGCGGAAAAGGUUUCCAGUGAUGUCAUCCCAGCUGUUGCUAUGGAGGGCAAGCCACCAACCUCCUCAAGGAAAACAAGAGAGUCAACCAAAAAAGAUGACUUUGCAUUUAAGGUUCCCAGAAGACCCACCAGGGAGUGCCAAUUUGAUCCAAAUGAAACUAUUAAUCUUAACGAUGUUAACAUUCACGAAAUGACAUUUACCUUUGACUUUGGGCAGUUUGAUCAAGAGCUGGAGAAAGACAGAGAUAGUAUGUUUAAGUUGAGCUACGAAGAAAAGUGCAAACAGCUGGAGAAAGAACAGAAAAGAGAAGAAAAGAAGAGAAAGGAUAGUGCUGGACACUCCUCGGCUGAGUCAACUGAGUCUGAUAGAGAAGAAAGAGGAACCUAUCAGUCCGGGUACAACAAUAAAUCCAGUGAACAAUACGCCACCAAGAUAUCGCAGAAACCCAAACCAGCAGUGCCACAGAGACCAAGGAGAACACAGGAUGUCAUUAAAACCUUACUGGAGGAAGCUGCAUACCAGCAGAACAUUGUCCUUCAGGCAAGUCAAGCCCUUAAUCUGUGUGUUGCAAAUGACAUCACUUUCAGGGGCUCACAAGAAGAAAUUGAAGCAGAAAGAGUUCUUUUACUUGCAACUGAACACAGGACAGCAUGCCUGGAUGAAGUCCAGAAAUUGAAAACUGGAGCUGGUGACACUUUUAAUGGGGAGAGCACAUCAGGUUCUGCGACACCAGCCUGCCUGGCCACUCUAACUAUAUCUGAUGUCAAAGUUACCCUACGACAAGAUUUUAUGGAUGUGUUAAGAGUGGGAAUCAGACAUGAUCUUGGUGUGUUUUACUUUGUGUGUAUCAUUCAACAUGGCCCACAUGAGUUCUACUGUUCAAGGGUGUUGUCGACAAAUGAUGCCACUGAAGGAAACUUCUUAGUCUUCCCUGACAAAUUCACUUUAAAGGACAUUAAACCAGAUUUUAAUGUGGCCAUUAAAGUUUUCUGUAUGAAUGUUAAAAAGACCGUGUUAAGUACACCAGCCACGCCCACCAAGCACAAGAUCUUUCAGUCACCCAAAGUCGUGAAAGGAAUUUUACGAAGAGGAUCAGACAGUCCUUCUCCAGCAACUCAGAUCUCUGCAUCACCACACACAGUGUUCAGAACCAGCAGUUUCUCUCUUGUUGGAGUGACACAUGUCAAUCUGCCCAUCAUCAAAUCAAAGCGAUUCUCUCUUGAUAAGGUGCCCGAUGGCUGCCCCUUGAGUAACUUCAUAGAAAUGAAAGCUGAAUGUUCUCCUCAGUACAGCAACCGUGUAAAUGGAUUUCUGACUAUCCUAGAAGACAUUGGUGGAUAUGGAGCAUGGCAGAGAAGAUGGUGUGUGUUACAAGGUGCUAUCAUGUCAUACUGGAGAUACCCUGGAGAUGAGAGCACUAAGCCCCCAAUGGGAUGCAUCAAUUUAGCAGAUUGCAUAAGCAAGGAGGUAACUCGAGUUGCAAGGGACCUGUGUGCUCGGCCAAACACCAUGGAACUGAAAUUGAAGAGGUCAUGUGGAACUGAAGUCAAGUACCUCUUGGCAGCUGAUACCAAGGCUGACCGUGCAACAUGGAUUGACAGUCUAAAUGAAGCCCUCAGAGAUGGCCGUGCAUGGAUUGUGGAUGAGAAAAAACCACUCUACCCUGACUUGAGCCGUCUGCACAAUCAGGAUGUGUAUAUGUGUUCAAAGGAUGCUGAAUAGAUUUAACAGGCAGUUCUGGUUGGAGUAGCCUUUAGUAGCUGAAUGCCUCCAUUGGGGAUCACAGUUCUGAUAAAUUAAGCUUCUGUUGUCAUUGUGUUUCUAGAUACACAUUGAAGAUGUUGCAGAUAAAGCAAGAUCAACUAUCAAUUUGAAUGCUGUAGUUGGUGCUGAAGAUGUAAUUGCUUAAUUUUGGUUUUGUAGCUAAUUACAUUACAAUGGCAGAAAAUAUUGAAUGCAAAUUUCACCGAAUUUUACAGCUUGGUAGUAUUAAGAGUAUUUACAGAAAUAAGCAGCUUGUUUUUAAUUAAACUUAGCACAAGUCAUUUCAGUGACUUGUUUCACUGAAAGGAGAAAGUAUCAUUUGUGAGGUCAGGAGAAUGUAAAGACAUGUGACAUGUUUAUCAAUAACGUAAACAGGAUUUUGUAAUGGCACUCAAGGAAAGAUGACAUUUUCAAGCAGCAUGCAUUAGCCUGUGUUCCUUGUGAUUUUUUUCUGACUCUCAGUCAAACCAGAUACAACUGUACAUUGUAGGUUUGGUUGAUUCCAACUUGUCAGUCAAUCAACAAAGAGUUGUAGAUAGAGUCUAGCCUGAAUUCUCAAAAAGUAAGCGACCAGAGGAGUUGGGGUGAAAUUCAGGCAAGACAGAAAAAAGUUAAAACAGAUCAACAUUUUUGCAAAAAGAUUAUUCUUUGCAGUGUGCACAAGACCACUGAUUUUACUGAUGAUGUCACACUGACCAACAGUGGUAUUAACAAGAAGGAAAAUUGUGUCAUCAGAAAAUAAAGGAAUGGUGGUAUCAACUUUACUGGGACAUCACGAUCAGAUGGGAUAUGUUUUGUGGGUUACCAUUCAGCCAUUACUUCCAUCUGAUUGGCCUGGUUUUACUGAACUACACAUACCUAGAGCAUUUAAAGCUAUUUAAUAUAAUUAUACAUAGAUCUGCAAAUUUUAAAUCACAAAUUUUGUUUUUCUUAAUAAACUGGUUUUCAAAGUUCGUUUUGUUUAUUUUUUUGUUACAUGCAUCAUAACCUUUCUAAAAGUCCUUGCCAAUAAUUGUUCCCUUGCCUGGAAAGGUUAGCCUCUUAUGACUUACAUCGCUCGAAGAUUACCUUCUCGCUACGCUCAAGGGAGAUAAAUAAGCAAAGGAUUAAGGAAAUGUUGCCUUGUGGCAUGUCUAUAUACAUCAGUGACAUCUCUUCAUCUUUCCUUGCAUAAGUGGUGACACUCUCUUGCACAUAGCAAAUAUUCCCCUACCAUCAAGGGAGUCAGAUCCGACAUUUAUGAGAGAUUAGUCUUUGUUAACAAUGUCCUGGGGGAAGUAGGCCCAGUCUAAUGGGAAAAAGCAGUGUGAACACAAGUUUAUAAGAACCAGGCUCCCUCAUUCCUUCUUGUAAACUUUCAUUUGCACUGCACUGCUUUAGGCCUUUUGUCUUUCUCCUUUGGGACUGACACAGAAACUUGUUUCAAACAAUUGAGAUUUCUGGCAAUAAUAAUUAUAAUAAUGAUAUUUUCCUACACGAGCCUCCAUAAUGCUAGCUAGUUCCAGUCUGACACUGAGAAUACCAAUAUGGCCUAUUCUGCAGUGUAUGUCAUCAAGUUCAGAGUCAGUACAUGCAAGUCAAAAGUUUCCAGCAAUUACAAACCAUGUCUUAACACAAAACUAACAUUUUAUUGUACCCUCAAAAUGCAUACAGUAUGAAAGCACCUUAUAGAACAAACAACCCACAUUUAAUAGAAUAGGUUGUAUAUUAACAGUGCCCCAAGCUCAAUUAAAAAGAUUUUGUUUCACAGAAUAUUACAUCAAUGCAAAAGUAACACCCAGAGUCCCUGCUCUGUGGCACAUUGCAUAUUGUAGACUGCUCAAUUGUGACAAGCUUCAAAUGUUAAGAUCAGUAGAAAUUAUUCUAGUUCUAGGCAAUAAAUAAAUUAUUUUUUGAGUAUAUUCCAAUAAUUUUUCCAUAACAUUCAGGACACCUCUUUAGUAAAAUAAACUUUGAAAAACAAAAUAAUUAGACGGUAAAUUAUUUCCUUAGUUUUCAGAUCUGAUAGUUUACAUGUAACAUAUAUUUUUAAUAUAUACUUUAAAUACUUAACUUGAUGUAUCAGUGACAGAAUCUUUAUUGUCCAUGGUAAUAAUAUUAUAGUUUAAUUAGGAAACAAGGUUCUUGGGAAAUCAAAACUGUUUCAAUCUUUCACAUUUAUGUCUUGUGUCAAACGUUGAUCUAUACUGAAAAAGUGAACGAAUUUAUUACAAUUAACCUUUACAAAUUUAUGUUAUCUUGCUGCUAAAUAAUGCAUAAUUAAACCAUGGUUAUGUACAUUUUUUCCUUAUGUUUGCUGUCGUAUGGUCAUAUUUUAUGUGCAUGCAGACAUAAAUAUGUCCAGAUUCUAGUGGCUGUGUAAACAGCAUAAUCGUAACUAAUCAUGUACACUUUCAUUGAAUGUAGGGAUUACGAUAAAUAGUUUUCUGCUGUUCAAAUUAUAUUAACAAUAUGUAGGAAAAAGGCACUUGUCCAGGUACACAUUUCAAAAUUAUUGGCAUAUGUUUUCUACAUGGGCAAAACUUUAAGUUUUUAGUGCAAAAUCUGAGCAAUACACUACUAAGAUGCCAUACGUUAAUGAAUUCAUGCUAUCAAAAGUACAAUAACUAUCUGACUUAACUUGGCGUCCUGGACAAAACUCCAACAUUACAAACUAAUUUUACUGUCAUCACAAUGCUCCUAGAGACAGAAACACCAAUCCCCUGCAUUGUAAAGCCACUGUGUGUGUAAUCCCAUUUUACAUGUUUUCACAUCUUCUUUUCUAAUAUUUACUUUAACUGGUUUACAACCAUAUGUCUGCAGUGCAUAUCAUGCUCCUCAGGCCAUGUUUACGAGGAGUACAUGGAGGCAGGGUACCUCAGCCAACCACUUACUACAGGCCAGGGGGGUUAAAGUACAGUUGAACCCUGCUAAUAUUUUGAUCUCGCAGGGGAAAUGAAUUUAAAUUGUUCAGGAAA